AUGAUUCAGUACAAGAAACCCAGGUGGCCUAAAUCCCAGAGCAGAAACCAGAUUUAUCUAGAAAUUAUCCCAGAAGACAACCUGAUAGAUAUGGGUUUAUGUGUCACUCCAGUACUGCAUCAGAAGCAGGAACCAGAAUUAUCUAGAAAUCAUCCCAGAAGACAACCUGAUAGAUAUGGGUUUAUGUGUCACUCCAGUACUGCAUCAGAAGAGAUCAUAUCCUCAGAGGCUCUUGCGGGACCUGAGAGUGAGCAGUGGAAGGGCGCCAUGGCCGACGAGCUGCAAUCUUUUGAGGACAACGAUGCUUGGGAGCUCGUUGACAACCCAGAUAUUGUAAGGAUGAUAGCAAGCUAUCAUCAUGGUGACUGGGCUAGUGAUGAUUCAGACAGGAAGUCUUAUACAGGCUUUUGCUUCACAAUGUCUGGAUCAGUCAUUUCAUGGCAAAGCAGAAAGCAGAAGACUGUAUCCCUUUACAGCACAGAAGCAGAAUAUACUGUGCUGUCUGAGGCAGCCCGAGAAGCAGUGUAUCUUAGAAACCUUCUUCAUGAAAUUAUAG